AUGGUGCUUCUCUGCGUCGUUUGCAGUAUUUUUUCUUUCUUAUGGGUAAUAAGAAUGAGUUUCACACUUUUUUUCUUUGUACCUGCGAUGGUUUGUCUUGCAAAUGAAACAAAUACCGAGACGUGUGGAAAUAAAGUUCUCACCCAGGACGUGAAAGACAAAGUUAACAUGGCGGGGACAUUUGUUGAAGAUGGAAGUUCAUUUCUGGCAAUUUUGUUGAUAUUUUGCUGGGAUAAAUUCAACGUCAUUAAUCUUUUACUUAUAGCUCCUCGUCUGCCCGUAUUCUGGUUUUGGAUUGGUUUAUUUUGUAUAGGCACCCUCUCCACUAUCAACAUGGACUUCGAUUCGAACAAGUGGGAUUGGCUUGGAGCGAGUUUAAUACUUGAAAACGCAACUCUAAUUGUACUAUCCCUUGCUCUUAAGUUUAUCGAUAAAUCGACCGUAAAGACGUGGAUAGAGAGAAGAGUCUCAAACCAGCAUUGUGUUAAGUUUAUUUACUACCUUUACAUCUUAACACUUUGGAUGUAUUUACUACGCAAUCUAUCCUUGCUGUUUUACGACAUGGCGGUUUUCGCGAAGAAAAUCGACCGGCACGCAGGCAGCAAACAAAUUGACAAUAUCAUGAAAAUUGGAGACAUUGCAAUAAGGGGCAGUUUUGUGCAGUUUUAUUAUGCUACCAUAUUUAGAAAUCCAAACUUAUCGACGGUCUGUAAAGAACAUUCUGGAACACCUGAUAAUAUAUUUCCCAUUGAUGCUAGUGUUUCCGCUGACCAACGCCAAGCAUUGGUAGCAUGGGAACCGUACAUUAGCUAA